AUGGUUGAUUAAGUGAAUAGGCAAGAGCCAUACGUGGAAAACUCAUUCGAAGUCAAAUGUAGUAAACAUAUAAGAUGGAACUACAUUUACAUUCAUUUAUAGGAAGAUUCUUAAGAUGUUUUAAAGUGCUAGGAUUGCAUCAUUGAGGAGUAGUUAAGCACUGAAAACCUAAUCUAAAUUUACAAAAUCUUAGAAAGCAAAGAAAAUACCAUCUUCAAGAAUUGGCCUCCCUUUGAAAGCUCAAAAAAGAAAUAACUCUAUGAAGAUAUUUGCAAAGAAACAAAUAAAAACAAUGGAAUAGAUAUUUUACAAGCUUAACUGGAGAGCUAUUUCAAAGAUUUGCAAGAAAGAGUGAUUGAAAAAAUUUAAUCUACUUUUAAAAAACUAGCUUCUCAGAUGAAUGAAGUUAUCUUAUCUGAAUCAUAAAUAUUAAAUAUUUACAAUUAAGUUUCAUAAAAAGAAGAAUUAAAAAAUGUUAUUUCAUCUUUUACUUAAAAUAAACAAGAAAAAAUAAAUUUACUGUAGAAUAUAAUCACAAAUAAAAUAAAGCAAACAAAUGUAAACACAGAGAUAUUUAUAAACGCUAUACAUGAUUUGUAAGUAAACAAACCAGUUUUUAGCUUAAAGACAGCUUAAACUAUUAAAUAGCGAGUUUUGAACAUGAUUGAUUUAAUUGAAGUUUAUGAAGCUUAUCCUUAAAUACAGUUAGACUUAACAAAUUCUAAUUCUAGAUAGUAAUCAAUUUAGCUUUUCCAAAGGACGGUUGAUGAUAAAGUAAAAAUAAUUAUCGAUCUAAUAGCAAAUAAAUCAAACUUUUGUUCUAAUGAAUUUAUCAGUGAAAUUGAAUAAACUCUUAAAGAAAAUAAGUUUAUUUUUCAAAACCUUUCAUUUGAUAAUAUCUAUUUAUAGGGAUGCUAUCCUAUUGAUUUUAGCCUACUAAAAGACACAUAAAUACAAGAUUUGGGACUAUUAAAGGAUGUAAUAUGCUCUAGUGAACAAAAAUAUUAGAGUCAUUAAUUGCCUUUAAACAAAUUGAGCUAAGAUAUGUAACCUAUUUCAUUUCAAAUACUUUAAUUUAUCUAGAAAAAUUCAUCUUUCAGCUAAGUUUAUUAACAAUAAUUUGAAAAUCUUCUUCUCAAAUAUCCGAUAUUUGAUGAAAUAGUUGAAGAUCCUAUGUAAGUAAUCCCUCUUAAAUUCGAAUUAUCAGAGAGAGAAAACAAAUAGCAUGCUAAUAUUAUUUAGAAUGACUUUAAGAGUUGGGUAUUUUAGCUAAAUUAAAAUGCAUACUGCUAAGCCUAUAUCCCGUUCACAAUAGAUAACAAUCUCAAAUAUAUUGCUAGAAUUAGAUGCCAAAGUCAAAGGUAAGAUCAUAUUUGGGUAGGAUUAGUUCCAGCACAAGAUAGAAAUACACUUUUAAUUUAUGAAUAAAACGUUAUUUCAUUCAGAUAUAACUCUAAAACAUACAAUAAAGUAAAAGAAGUAGUUAAAGGAAAGUCUCUUCAUACUUUCUCCCAUAUUGAAGAACUUGAAAUACACUUUUGUGUUAAAGAUAAAUAUUUUGCAUGCACAGAUUUUUCCAAUUAUUAAAAUUUAAAUAAAACUUCUCAAGAAUACUCUUAAUUAUUUGAUACAAAUAAAGAAUAUAAUUUGGCAUUUCUAAUGUAUCAUUAAAAUUCUAGAAUACAGUUAACAUUCUUUUAAGCUGUUGAUCAGUUUCCAGUUAUUUGA